GAGUGUAAUGUCUGGCAUUGAACUACAGAAUAGACUGCGUACACUAUCCAUAGAUAUCGAACAACUUCAGCAUCAAACCUUCGACUCCAAUCAAAGGGGACGCUUGGACAGACUGAAACAGGAUCAAGUCUAUCCCGAUCCAUUAGAGGCGCUUCCACCAGAGAUCGGAAUAAUGAUCCUUGAGGAUGCCUUACUUCAGCCGGUGGCAAGCUGUUAUGCUCUAAACAGCACUUUCCUCCUAACAUUGACGCUAGUAUCUAAGAGAUGGCAAGCCAUCAUCAUUGAUACACCCUCACUCUGGGCCACGAUUGACAUCGGUUAUCCGAUUCCAGACCUCUUAGGCCGUAUAGCAAUCCAUAUCGAACUCUCUCAGAAUAUACCCUUGACUCUGGUAUUCCGGAGUCAAUGGUUUUACUGGAGAGCUGUCGUGAGUAUGCUCAAGGAACACCAUGGACGAAUCAAGAGAAUAGCAAUGGAACGAAUACCAAAUCAGGAUAGCUUCAAGAAAGUAAUCGAACACUUGUCACCUCUUCCUCAACUAGAAGAGAUAUGUCAAAUUUGGACAACGAGAUGUCCCGCUUUGGAACAUUCAUGGAAUUCUUUAGAAAGCCCUCUAAUCCAUGUUGAUGACGAGAUUCUAGGUGUUAUCAUGCCGAUACUCGAGGCCCUACCCUCUAUCGAGAACGUCACCUUGAGGGAGGCGCAUCAAGUGGAUAACUCAACCGCCUUUAAAGGAACCGUGCUUCCAAUUCGAAGUUUUGCAUAUCACCAAUCCCCCGAAUUUCUUUUACAACUGCUCCCUCGACUUGUGAAUCUAGUUACGCUCACCCUAACACUCCCAUUCCAUGUUGUACCUAAGCUCCUGAAAAGAUUAGAGGCUUUACAUUUCCUCGAAUCUCUACGUCUGGCUAUUACGCUUUCCUCUCUGCGAGUAUAUCCUCCUGACCUAGAACCCUUAUACAGCAUUACAAAACUCCAUCUAACUAUACAUGCAUCAUCGAAGGACCUCGAACCAUUCUGCAAGAGUAUUCCCAGAGUGUUUCCUUCCUUAUCCGAAUUAACAUUUUUCCCUACACGCAGCACCGAAUUGUAUGUUACCCUGCAUCAAGAUAGCUUCCAAAAACUAUCCAAAUUCAUAUUUUACGUCGGUGGACCGAUUGAAUCUCCCAUCAAUGUCCCAUCGAAGGUAAAACAUGUUCAAGCCACAGCAGAUCUGAGUGGCACACUCUGGACUCUUAACUCUCCCUCCGCCACAACACUGACUGUGUCUAUAUAUUCCUUAUCUAUGAGGUUAACACUGGAGCUGCCGUCUACUUAUUGGGCCUUACCAUCUCUAGAGCAUCUUAUAUCCUUGAUGAACCCACUGUCUUUUGUCAACCACGCUUCACGAACCCUCCGGGAAAUAAUUCUAACAGCACACCAGACCGACUUUUGCUGCUCACUGGCAUAUCGACCCCACUCAUUUCCGGUACUCUCCAGCUUGAAUCUCAAAGAAAUUCCUCAUUGGGACAUAUUCUUCAUUAUGUUGGAGAGAAGGAAUCUCUUUUGUCAAUCUGUCUCUCCAAUCUCGUCUGUAGAGCUUCGUUUAGACUAUCCUCGGGCGUUGUUCUGGCCUAUCCGAGAUUUACUGAGGCAAAAGUUUCCAGAUAGACCUAGCAAUCGGGAGGUUUCGAAGCACCGGAUUUCGGAAAGGAUUUUAGAUUUGACCAUUCCUGGCUGCAAGAAGUGUAUCCUCAAUUCAAUGCCAUGCUUUGCGAGUACAAAAGUUAGUGAGAUGGGAGAUCGUGGCAAAUUCAAAAUAAAGUUAAAGCCAUAUCCUAUGCAAGAGAAAGAUAUUCUACUCUCAUGGCUUGAUAGGGAUGAAGAACUUAGAAGUAUAUAUGCGCGGUUUUUGGGACGAAAGGAAUACUAUGAUAAAUACCCCAUCGCCUUGACUAUGGAUGUUUCCUGGAUCAGAAUCACAAAAGACUCGGAUCUCGGUGAGUGGUCUCAAACGUCUAUUACCCCUCCAACGAUUACUCAUAGCUCGCUAGAUCUCGACCAUUCGAGACAUGCUUUUAGAGCCUAUUCGAUCCGCUACCUGAUAUUAGAGCGGAUUCGUUGGUGA